ACAGUGAUGAAAUAGCGCUCCUGGUAACCGCAUCUCAUUCCAUGAAUCAGUAGUACCUCGAUUAACAUGGUCCAUAGAAUCAUCGUCGACAGCGGUGACCCAGCCAUCUCGUAUUCUUACGCUCCUGGAAAGUACUGGAUUCCCGGCAAUGAUUCUUAUACCUACGGUACCACAUACACGCAUGGUACCGCAUCAGCUAGCCUCAACUUGACUUUCGAAGGCACUGAAAUACAGGCUUUUGGUCAAGUCGCGGAGCCGCUGUACUGCUCGUAUGAAAUCGACUCGACUCAAAGUGGUGGCUCGACUGGGGUUUCCAAUCCGAGUUACUCUGCUGCAAAAACCGGGCUAGAGUGGUUCAAUCUAACUGGUCUAUCGUCUGGCUCUCAUAAUCUCAGUCUGACAUUAGUGGGUGCAGAUGCUAUUCUGGACUAUCUCGUUAUCACCCCCUCCACUAAUAUGUCCUUGGAUGGUUACACACUUGUUGUCGAUGACAAUGAAACAGACGUUGUCUUCAGUGGAAACUGGACCGUACAGUCUAGGCAAUCUUAUGGCUACGGCUUUCCUUUCAACAAUACCUUGACAGGUACCGGGGAUAACAGCUCCACUGUAGAGUUCAACUUUACGGGUGUUUCAGUGUCCGUCUAUGGUGCUGUUCACUCAGCUGCAGGGGCUUCCUCGUAUUCUGUCGACGGCUCACCAGCGACGAAUUAUACUCCACCCUCAAAUCUUACUGAUGAUAGUUGGUAUUUACAUCAACAAUUCUUCCACGCCGAAUUAGAGCAGGGCAACCAUACCUUGCUCAUUUCUGUUCCCUCACUAUCAGGAAGAGAGCGAUUCUGGCUGGACUACAUCUUAUACGGUCCUACAACGUCAACAAAUAUCACGCAUUUCCCCGGUGCGUCCACCAUUCCUACGAGCCCGUCGUCCACAGACGAGGAGUCUAGCCUCAAUGUCGGCGCUCUUGUGGGUGGAUGUAUCGGUGGUGUGGUGCUGAUUUGUAUCAUAUUUGCGGUUCUUCGGUGUCGUAAGGUACGGGCAAAGAAGGCCGCCUAUUCAAUCCCAGUUCCAUCUUCAAAUUACCGGCCUGAAUACUACGAAGGGAUUGAGAACCAAAAUUCUCUCAUGUUCGAUGUCCCUACAGCUGCCGCAAUCCGACAAAGAGAAGCAGAAAUGUAUAAUCAAUUGUCGACUCACCCCCGUUCUCCCUCGACGACUUCGCCCACGGAAAGCUGGCCACUUGUUAAUUAUGACCCUCCUCGUGUGACGGAUGCGACAGUUCCUGUUCAGACCGAGAUCUCCGUUUUGCAGAGGGAAAUUGAAAGUCUACGGGCAGAAAAUGAGGAGUUGCAGAUCAUUGGAGCAGCCGACCCUCCUCCCUAUACCGAGAGUCCUGCACGACCUUAGCAUAUACGCAGACGUAGUCAUUGUCAUUUAUUAUUGUUAAGUUAUAUAUCCUUGAAAUUACUGUUCUUCAGCAUCUACACUAGUGUACAAACAACUGGUCCAGAAUAUUCCCC